CUCUCUCUCUCCUGUCGCCCUCCUCCUCCCGUCUUUUCGUCUCAUUUCUGUCCGUCACUUUUUGUUUUUGUAUUCUACAUCACCUCGUCCCUUUUCUUCUCUCCAUUGUUUGAUUUUCACUUUUCUUUCUUCUUCUUAAAGGUGUUUUUUUUUUUCUCCUGUCAGUUUUGUGCUUGGAACGUGUAGAUGUGUCACGUCUUUGCUCCUGGUUUCCGUUGACAACACUGCAGGCUAUUUUUUACUUUGUCACAACUCCAUGUCCUCCACUUUUUUUUCUUUUUCUUUUUGUGUAAUUGCUGUAAUAUUAUAUUGUCCCAUCCUCUUUUCCUCGUGGCGUAGUGUUCGUGCUGCUUCUGCUUCACCUGCCUCUCUCCUCCACCUUACCUCCCUCCAUCCUCUUCCGAGCCAGCUCGCUCCGUCCUUUCAGCAUGAUGGGAAAGACCGAGCUGUACUCUCUGUAUAAGGGUUUCCUGGACUGUAUUUGCUUCUGCCUCUCUCGGAGCAGCUCCGAGACUGCGGUCGACAGCGAGAGGGACACUGAGAACGGUCACCUGAUCUACAAGAGUGGGGACAUCCUGGAAGACAGAUAUGAGAUAGUCGACACCUUGGGUGAAGGGACCUUUGGGAAAGUCGUACAGUGUUUGGACUACAACAGGGGAGGAAGUCAAAUUGCUCUAAAGAUCAUUAAGAACCAGGAGAAAUACAGGGAAGCAGCCAACCUGGAAAUCAAUGUGCUGGAGAAGAUCAUCGAGAAAGAUCCACUCAACAAAAGACACUGUGUGCAGAUGCUGGACUGGUUUAACUACUACGGCCACGUGUGCAUCUCCUUCGAGUUGCUGUCUCUCAGCACGUUUGACUUCUUGAAAGCAAACAGCUUCCUGCCUUAUCCCAUUAACCAGAUCCGACACAUGGCCCACCAGAUCUGCCACGCUGUCAGCUUUCUCCAUGACAACAAGCUGACUCACACCGACCUGAAGCCCGAGAACAUCCUCUUUGUCAACUCAGAGUUCUCCCUCAUAUACAACGCAGAGAAGAAGUGCAACGAGAGGAGAAUAAACGACACCACGGUGCGGCUCGUGGACUUUGGCAGCGCCACCUUUGACCACGAACACCACUCUUCCAUCAUCUCCACACGUCACUACCGAGCUCCGGAGGUCAUUCUGGAGCUGGGCUGGAGUCAACCGUGUGAUGUGUGGAGCAUCGGCUGCAUCCUGUUCGAAUUCUACGAAGGCUUCACGCUGUUCCAGACACAUGACAAUAAGGAGCAUCUCGCCAUGAUGGAGAGAAUUCAGGGACCAAUUCCUCAGAGGAUGAUCCAAAGGAGCAGGAAGCAGAAGUACUUCAAUCGAGGGCGUCUGGAUUGGAACGAGGGCUCCAAGGUCGGACACUACGUGAAAGCCAAGUGCAAACCACUGAGGAAGUACUUGUUGUCACGUGGAGUCGAACACCACCAGUUUUUCAGUCUGCUGGAGACGAUGCUGGAGUAUGAGCCCACAAAACGCACUUCUCUCUGUUCCGCUGACCGCCAUCCCUUCCUCCUGCCCCUCACUGAGCCAGGAAGGAGCCGGGUCUGGAGAAACAGCCUUGAUCUGAGCAGAUGACGGAGAAGUGAUCGCCCUCAGGCCUCUGAUCGAAUUAGAGGCCGGGAAUAAAACAAUAUGAGAAGAGUAAAGCAAGGCAGAUUCAGUUACUGUAUAUGGCACAGACAUGGUCAUGUGCUAAAAAAGUAAGGAAGCACAAAAGACAAAUCUUUGUGAAGCUUCUUGACGUUACAUUCGUUUCACUCAUUUGUCCAAAUUGACGUACAAAGCAUGUUGCUAAUUAUGUUGAAAUUAACCCGGUGCUGUUCCAGAUGUUCCAGAAGCGCAGGCCCCUUCUGUUCACUAUUUAUUUUUGUCCAAUAUAAGAUUAUUUUGCAGUCUCUGAAAAGUUAUAACAAACAUUUUUGUUAGUGUUGCGUUUAUAAAUGCAUUGUAAGUUCAGAUUGAUGUGAAAAGUGAAUCUGCCACACAAACAAACGCUGAUGAAAACAUAACAUCCUUGGCCGAGGUAAUAAUUAAACUGUGGAAAAGGAUAAACAAGUUGCAUCCACCUGCCAGGGGAGUUUUCUAUCAAACAUAAAUAAGUGGAAACUGAUGGAACUUAUUUUCUAAAUAUCUUUUCCAAGAUAUAAAAAUGUCAAAUACAGCAGCCUGGUUUGCUGAUGACAAAUUUUACAUGAAUUGUAGUAAAAUGGGCAAAAAAGUGUGGAAUAGUCUUUUAAAGACUGAUCGUCACAUGCAGUUUAACCAACGCUGCAAAAAAAAUAACUGUGAAAUAUAUCCGUUUAUAUUAUAUCUCUAAAAUUUAGAGGAUAUCAAUAUAAAAGCUUAAAAAGUAUAAUUUCAGUUUUAUUCUCUUUUUAGAAACAAUGUGUGUUUUUGUAAAACAUUUUGUAUAAAAUGACUUGAGACAUUCAAUAAAUUCAAUUCUGUUAAUAAUGUG